GGAACGGCUCAAUGACUUCCGUAUGGCCAUGGAUGAGCUUUUGGCCGCGCCAGAGCAGGAGACGGCUGACACAGCCAGCCGGGCGUACGAAGACCUCAUGCUUGGCGUGGAGCAGCAGAAGAAGCAGUGGGGAGGUACCAAGGAUGCCAAUAUGUUCUUCCCAGAUGCGGACUACAACAUCCAAGCAAGAGGCGAUCCUCAAACUCAGGCACGCCUUGUGACGCCACCCUGCGGCUGCUUGGAACUCUACGAGGUCGGAGGUCAGCAUGCGCAUCCGCACCAGCAUGCGAGGCCCAGUGGCUUCGAUAUGGAGGCGCAUGGAGAACAGGCCACUUUUCGAGCUUCGCCUCCCUGGUUGCGGUCGCUCUCUGCUUUGGCGAGGCAUGACCUCGAGGGCGACCUGGAAAUCCUGGCCUCUAAAUUCAGCCUGACAUCUGCCGAGCUGGUGGAAGUCAGGAAACACGGGUUACCUGCUGGGUUGGCGGUGGACAUUGCUGGCCCGAAGCCAGCGGUCGAGGCAGCACGCCGCGAACUCGUAGAAGGCAUCCUGCAAUACUACGGCACACAGGUAGAGUGGAGCGCCGCGGAGCUCCCAACCGAGCCUGACGAGGAGCCACCUACCAGGGAGACGCCGGCAAAGAGGGUAUGGAUCGGCGCACACGCACAGCAGACAAGGCCCCUGGCUGCUGCAGAGGAGCCCGCGCCCGAGGCUCAAGAGGAGGAGAAGGGCGGCUGGGGCGAAGCCCCGAUGGCCACGGAGGUUGGCUGGGAUGCGCCGGCUGCCGAGGAUGUGUCCUGGGGAGCGGACCCAGGGCCGGAAGCCAUUCCAGGUCUCUUCCAGGCCUUGAGCAGCGUGGGCCUGGAACGUGAGGCAGCCGAGAUCGCCCGUUGUGCGGAGGAGAUGGGCGCCGUUUCCGUGAAAGAGGUUGCAGACAACGUGGACAUGCUGGUUGAAGAGGGACAAGCACCACUUUACAGUUCUUUUGCUGUUGAAAGCCCUGCGACAAACAUGGCUCCCUUGCCUGUGGUGUUCCUGCUGGCCUACGUGGUGGUUGGUGUGGCUGCAAAGCCUGCCUCGGUUGCUUCACCUCAUGAGAAAGCCGCGAAGGGCAAGGUGAAGGAAUGUUGCGACUGCACCGGCGAUCAUGCGUGUCAGCCAUCAGCCAAGCAUUGCAUAAAGAUGAGCCUCUCGCGGAAAUGCUUUGGCGACACCAUCUUCCAUGUUAACAGCAAAGUUGGCUCUUUCGGUGAGUUUGCCUUCGCAUCAGACCUUGUUGCGCAUCCGACUGCGCUGGAGCAUGUGUCCAAGUGGCUUGUCCACAACGAUGUCAGCAGCAUGGACACGCUAAGCGCAACCCCAGAGCUGCUGCAAAGCUUCCUGUUGGAUGCUCACAGCAAGGUGCCGCUGAACCCAUACCUCGGCAUGAGGAGGUAUCUUCAGAAGGAGCUUCGCAAACCACCGCCACCGCCUGUGAUCAAAAUUGGCUGA